GAAUUUCUGCUUGGAAAUUGCAUAGCUGCUGGGAAAAUGGACAUCAGUAUUGAUUUGGAAACUCACUAUCCUGAGCUGGUUCUAGCUGUGGGAAGAGUUACUCUUGGAGAGAAAUUUAGAGAUAAAAUGAAUUGUCAAAUGAGAAAAAAGCAGAAUGAAAAUGUCUUACGAGCAGUAUGUGCUCUCUUGAAUUCUGGAGGUGGAGUGAUCAGGGCUGAAAUUGAGAAUGAAAACUACAAUUAUAUAGAAGAUGGAAUAGGAGAAGAUUUGGAACGUUCUUUUAGUAAUAUUCUACCAUUUGUUCAUGACUACCUGGACUUUAUUCAGGAAAAAAAUGAAUUUCUGUUUUUUGUGAAAUCAUGGAGCUUAAAAGCCUGUCAUUCGCCAGUUCUUACCUUGAAUACCAAUUUGCGCAAACGAAGCUUAACAUCUACAGUAGUUAUGAAUGAUAUUGCUGCACUGGAGUUCCUCAAAGACUUAAAAGAGACUAGAGGGAGAUCAUAUUUAAGACCAGAAUUGUCAGCAAAGCCACCCUGUCUUGAUGAAAAAGAAGAAAGUGAUAUGGAGGCCUUGGCUGCUGACUUUUUUAAUAGGACUAAACUUGAUUAUAAAGAAAAAGUGACCUUUACUGAAUCCACACAUAUUGAAUUUAAAGAUUUCUCAACAGCAAAGUUAUUACAACGAAUUAAAGAGUAUCUUCCUAAAUAUGUUUCUGCACUUGCAAAUACUGAUGGUGGAUAUUUGUUCAUUGGAAUAAAUAAAGAUAAAGAAAUAAUUGGCUUUAAAGCAGAAGAGAGUGAUCUCAUUCAGUUAGAAGCAGAAAUGCAAAACUGUAUUAGGAAGCUGCCCAUCUGCCACUUCUGUCCAGAAGAGGAAGAGAUACAUUACUCGUGCAAAUUUCUUGGAGUAUAUGCCAAAGAAAGUCUUUGUGGAUAUGUCUGUGGACUCAAAGUAGAGCGAUUCUGCUGUGCAGUGUUUAUGAGAGACCCUGAUUCCUGGCAUGUGAAAGGCAAUCGUGUGACGCAGUUCACUUCAGAGAAAUGGGUCAAGCUUAUGGUGGAUGCUGAACCAGGUUUUUCCAAAAUAGAUGAAGACCCAUCAAGUAUGUCAUCACCUGUUUCCCAGAGUUGGUCUCUUUGCAAAUACAAUAAUUUGGAAAAUCAGGCACAGAGCUGUCACAUUCCAGGGCUAACAGAAAAGAUAACAUAUACUCCAGAAAAGUUAUGCGAGAAACCGUUCUCACUACAUGAAGAACUUGAACAAUGGAUACACAAAGAAAUGAGCACAGCCAGACAAGGGACACUAAUCAUUUCUAAGAGCUGGUCUUUGGAUCUAGGCUUGCAAAAGAACCAGAAUGUCAUAUGUGAUGCUCUUCUGAUUUCCCAGGAAAGUCAGCCAGUCCUGUACACCUUUGUCAUGGCACAAGAUAAGGAGUUAAAAGCCUAUUCUUCACAAACUGCCCUAACUUUAAAGCAUAUGCUAGCAAAAAUUGGUGGUUACACUAAAAAAGUGUUUGUCAGGAUAAAAAUCAUCGACUUGAGCCCAGGCAAAGAAAAGUGCUUUUAUGAUUCAAGCUGCCGUGUAAGAUACCCUGCACCUUACUAUGAUACUAGCACUCAAAGAAUGCAAAACUUAUGGAAGGCCUUUUGUAAAGUCUUUGGAGACUCACAAUUCAAAGACUCACACUCUGGAGUCACACUUUGGAGACUCACACUCUGUAAGACGAGCAAUUUCUUGAAUUUCUACCAUCUCAGUACAGUUUAUGUUCAAGAGGAAUAG